AUGAAUUUGAGUUGGUCCAAGCACUCGGUCAUCCAACUUCAAAAUGAUGGAAGAACUAUAGACAUGGUCGAUUUAUCUGAAAUGACGCCAGAAAAUCAGCAAUUCAUACUGAAUACGCAAAAACAAAACCAAUAUUCACAAAGAAAAAGUGAUACACCGCAUGUAUGGAAAGAUACUGUUUAUAGAUCUGCAAAGCGUACAUAUCCGCAACCAUUCAGACAAUGUUUGGAACCCAAUCGACCAAAUCUACAGUUCAGCUUUGUACAAACAAAACCAUUAACAAAAACUAGUCAGCCAAUAAAAGCAAGAAGUGCUUCAAUAUCUACUAUAACGUCCUCGAGAUCAUUAUCAUCGUCUUUUUCUUUCACUCGAAAACCAAAUGUACGUCGUUGCUCUACAUGCAGACCAUUUGAGUAUGACAUGGCAUAUAUUCUCGAGCCGAAAAAUACAGAAAUAAGUGAAGCAUUGUCUUCUAGAAUUUUAAAUGAAGAAGAAAGAAAGAUGUUAACAAUUCCACCAUUAUCAUAUCUACCUCCUGAAAAUCUUUGCAAUACAUUUUAA